CAGAUCUCUCAAGGCCUGGUGACUAGUCUCGUCGCCACUCAAAGCUUCCUUUGCUGUGAACUUUCCCCCUGAAAAUAUCUGCUCUUAGGAAUGACUGGCAUUUUACACCAGCAGACCGCUUUAUUCUUUUUUUUAUCAAGUCGGUCUUCUUGAGGGGAGGGACAUGUGCACAACAACAGGGAGGGUUGUGUUUUAAGGCGAGAAGAGGAAGAGGGGAAGGACGGAGAUGACUCGGGUUGAAGAAAAGGGAGGGCAAGAACACUUGAGUGAGCACUGUCGACGGUCAGUAGUCGCUUCGCUUGCCUAGAGAGGAUCAAGGUGGCUUCAGGUUUUCCUCUCCUGCCGCGGGCCUCAGGAGAGGCAGCUCCCGGCAGUCCAGCGGGAGCAGAAACUGUAGCAUGGGACACGGUUCUAGCAGCGAGGCUGUGACCCAGCAACCACCUCAACACAACACGGAUGAUGAGGUCGACUCGCAGCAGAAAACAAAGGGGGAGGAAGGAAACUCUGGUGGAGGAACACCUCUAACUAAACGCAAAGGCAAGUUCUCCAAGAUGGGAAAAAUCUUCAGGCCCUGGAAAUGGAGGAAGAAGAAGCCAAGUGAUCAGUUCGCUGAAACGUCCAAAGUUUUGGAAAGAAAAAUUUCUGUCAGGAAAAGUCGACAAGAAUUAAUUGCCACAGGUGUUUUAAAAGAGGUGCCUGAAAAUGAAAAAGGUCCAUCAGUGAAAAAUGGGCACCUGGAGCCAAUGGAUGUGGAUAGACUGUCGGAUGUAAGACUUUCCCGAGGGGACCCGGACAUGAGCAAAAAUUUCCCAAAAGGCUCUCAAGGAGAAGACCAUCGUAGCAGAAUACCAUCUGAUGCUUCCAGAAGUAACCGGGCUCCUCUAGAUGUGGACUCUUAUGCCCGGUUACCUCUGGAUGUGGACAGACAAAGUCGUGUUCCUUCAGAUUCAAAUAGAACUUUACCCAGAGGAGCUACACUAGAUGACAGGUACUACAGAGAAGAGAGGAGAGACCUCAAAGAUGACAGAGAAGACCGAGGAAGGAAGGACAAGGACGACAUGGACAGAAAGGACCGGCGAGAGGAAAAAGAGAAGGAUCGAGACACUGACCACAAAACUGAGAGGGACUAUAGAGAAAAGCGCGACGUAAGAGACGACCGCGACAGAAGGGGUGAGAGGAUAGAUAGGGAUGGAAGGGAUCGUGAUGAGAGAGAACGGAGAGAUCGAGAUGAGAAAGAAAAGAAGGAUCGCAUUGAGAAGGAUAGGAGGGAUCGGGAUAAGGACGAAAGAGAGCGUAAGGGUCGAGAUGAAAAGGAGCGCAGGGAUCGGGAUGACCGGGAGCGCAAGGAGCGGGAGGGCAGGGAACGGGAUGAGCGGGAGCGCAAAGAGCGGGAGGGCAGGGAACGGGAUGAGAGGGAGCGCAGGGAGCGGGGUCGAGAUGAUAAGGAGCGUUGGAAUGGAACGCUUGAUCGACAUGAAAGAGAGCGCAAGGAUCGGGAAGAUAGGGAGCGCAGGGAGCGGGAAGACAGGGAGCGCAAGGUUGUCGAUGAAAAGGAAAAAAGAGAGCGGGAUGAUUUUGAAAGGAGGGACAUGAGAGACAGAAGAGAAGAGAAAGAUCAGCGACUUGGGAGGGAAAAAGAGAAGAGAGAUGACAAACUGAAAGAAGACAGAGAGCGAAAAGAUGCUCCAAUAGACAAAGAUAACAGGGAAAAGAGGGAUGACUGGGCUAAAAGAAAUGAAAAAGAUCUUAGGGAUGAUCGUGCGAGGCGAGAGGACAAAGACAAGAAAGAAAAAACGAUGGAAGACUCUCGCCCAACUGUCAGGCCAUUUUCAGAUGUGGAAACGCGGCCUCCCUUAGAAAAGAGCUCAUCAGAGGCUGAAAACCGACCUCGACCGACGUCGGAGGUCGAUCGAAGGACCACACUUCCCAGAUACGUCUCCCCUACGGAGUUCCAAAAGCUCUCAGAUUCCGCUGGUAUCUUCGCCCCCAACCCUCGUCCAGCACCAGACUCCAAACAGGAGCCUCCCCCGCUCAAGCAGGCUUUGCUUCCUCCCAAGCCCUCCACUAGUCUUCCCUCUGACUUCCACACAUAUGCGACCCCACCUUCCUCAUCCUCCUCCUCUUCGUCCUGCUCCUCCUCUAAUGAAGUACCAAUUGCCAAGCCGCCCAGAACAGUCUCUCUAAUAACAGAAGACUUACCUUCCCUUCCCAUUCCUGCUGCCUCCUCAGCUGAUUCUAGUAUUCCUCCCCCUGUUCCUCCCCAUGCCAAGCAGCCUCCCGUCCCUCCACCUAAACCCACCAACCGCAACAGCAACCCUCCACUACUUGCCCCCUCGCUGCAGAGGGGCUCAAAUGUCAGGCAGCCGUGUUAUUGGACCAGCUGGGGGCGCCAAAAUGAGCAGAGCUCCUCCCUGAGCUUGCCCGUUUACCUGCGCCACAGAGCCCACCAGACCAGCUCAGCCGAGGCGUCGCAGCCACCCGGGGGGGUGAUGGCGGUCCCUACCCCCAGCAAGCGAUCUCCACCUACGCCUCCCAAGAGGAUGACGCCCGUCACCAAACGCCAUUCUGUGGAACCUUCUCCUCCCACUCAGGCCUCUGACCCAAGCUCCUCUGAGCCCCCCUCAGUGCAAACAGCAGCGCCCCCUCCUGUCCCCAAAAGAGAAAGCAGUGACAACCGGACAAACGCAACAGUGUCUCAGAAGCCUGCAGAGCUCCAGCUCCCACCGCCCUCCCACAUACCCCCAUCUCCCCCCAGGUCUAAGUCCCUGCAGAUAGCAGGGGGCAACAACUCUGUGCAAUGUGACCCACCCAGCCCAACAACCGAACCCCCCAGCCAGCCGCCAGUGCUCCCGCUGCACAUCCGCAUUCAGAAAGCCCUGGCGACCAGCGGUCCCAUUCAGCCCGCCACCAGCGGGAACCAGAGGGCGCACUCGCUUCUGUUUGACCUCCCCCCAGACAUCCCACUGGAGGACGACGGCAACAACCGGCGGUCCCUCCCCAUCUUUAUCGAACCCCUCAGGCUGCCGGAAGACGACGACUUCGACAUGGAGGAGGAGCUGCGGAAGCUGCAGCCCCAAAGGCCUCUGCGACAGCCAGAUCUGGAGCCCCGCAGCAGGAGGGCCCUGGUGGAGGACCCCAGAGUGAGCGUCAUCCCCGAGGGAGACGCCAGCGACAGCGGGGAGGACUCUGACGGCCCCAUCCUCUACAGAGACGACGAUGACGUGGAGGAGGACGACGACGACGAUGAGCCUCUAAGCGGACUGGCCAGCCGUGUCAAGAGGAAGGACACGUUGGACCGAAGGCUGGAGAAACAGGAGAGGGCAGAGAGGGAAGCUGAGGACAGCUCCGAUGGCAGGACCUGGAGCAACAGGGAGCAGUGGGAAGCUCUGAAGAACAAGAUCGGAGUCACGCUCAAUCGGCGGCUGAGUCAGAGGCCAUCAGCGGAGGAGCUGGAGCAGAGAAACAUCCUCCAAGCCAAGAACGAGGCGGAUCGGCGGCGGGAGAGGUCUGAGAUCAAACGAAGGCUCACCAGGAAGCUGUCCCAGAGGCCCACCGUGGCCGAGCUGCAGGCCAGAAAGAUCCUGCGCUUCCACGAGUACGUAGAGUGCACCCAGGCUGAGGACUACGACCGCCGGGCGGACAAGCCCUGGACCAAACUCACGCCCGCCGACAAGGCCGCCAUCCGCAAAGAGCUGAACGAUUUUAAGAGCUCAGAGAUGGAAGUUCACGAAGAGAGCAGGAUUUACACCCGAUUCCAUCGGCCGUAGUUCAGCUACAGAUGGGAGAAGGAAAAAGGUUUCUCCUGAACUCCUGAACUGCAGAUGUAGCGGCCGAAACCUCUGGAGGUGCCAACGCCUGCCACUCACCUGGACCCGCCUUCAUGCUUUCUAAAUGCAGACAGACGGAGCAGCUGAUCUGCCUCCUGGGCCUCAGAGGCUCCGACAAAUGUGACGGAGAUGCUUAGGACUCAGCCGAGCCGCGUGGAACACGGGUUUCUCCAAUCGGAAUGUUUUACUGUAUUUUUGCUGAUCAGCAGGUAACACUGCUGCCUAAUGAGGCACCUUUUCUUUCUCAAUCAGGUGUAUAGAAAUGUAAUAUUUUUUUGUUUGUAACUCAAUCAUGUGCUGCAGGAGAAUGUACAUGUUUUAAAUUUUCCUGCUUGUUUUAUGAUACUUUAUCAGCUGCAGUUUGUACAGAUCAACACUAUAGAUGUGAUCCACUUGAUGUAAACUACUGACAUGAAAUAUUUUAAUUGUAAAGGAUUUCUUGAAUACUUUCCGACAUCGCCUGUUUUUUUUGUUUUUCAUACACAAACCCUGAUGCUGUAUUCUUCUGAAAAACUGAAUGAUUUUCAGCUCGGAGGCAACGAAAAGCCGACACUCAAAUCCACAGAGCAGGUCGGUGGAUGUCUGACCGACUGUGCAAGCCCCCUAGUGGUUUUCCCGUGAACUGACUGACUGUACCUGCCUGACCGGUACUUGUUUUGAGAGGUGAACCUUAGUCCAAAUUUUAUUAGCGAAACUACGUUCACGCCGCCUUUGGCUACACUCGUUGAAGCGAUCACUACCAAUGAAAAGUCCACGUGAAUGCACAUUUUGGGCUUCUACGUUCACACACCUGUGUUCACACACAGCUACUCAAAUAUUUUAAAACUGUUUUCGGGCUGUACUAACAAAAUGCGCAUUGAAAGUUGAACCAGGUGGAACUUUAACCAGUGAAAGACUCUGUUUUGGUAGUGACUUAUGGAUGGCGUCCGUGCCAACGGUUUGAAAAUGUGAUGAUGGAAGAGAAAUUAAUAAAUGCGGUUUGUGCCCCGACG